AUUCCUAUUUUACAAUGACAGGGUAGAUUAAUUAGUUGAUUUUCUCCAAGACAGUUGAAAAGGAUUUGUGUGUGUGUGGGGGGGGGGGAUGAUCAAGAAGCGGAGAUAUAUUUUUAUUAUUCUAUGUGUGUCCUUUUGUGUGUAAUAGUGUGUGCAUGUUGUCUAUGUGUAUUGCUUGUCUGUGCCUUUCAGCUUAAACGUACGGCAUAGAUAUGUGGGCUAAUUAUACGCUUAUUUGGGAAGCUCGAUGCAGUGAAGUCUAUCUGUACUGCCUAACUCUGUGUGAUGUAGACACGCUUGUAUGUACUUCAAACAAGAGUGCUGCAGACACAACUAUGUUUUUUUAAAGAUACGAGUACUGGAGACACAAUUCACUAUUUCUUCAGCAAUACAUUUGAAAAGAAUAUUUCAGUAUGUCUCCAUUAUAUGUAUAGCAUGCGUCUAACAUUGUAAAGAAGUGUUUCCCAAACUUUUUCCUUAACCGAACACUUCACACAUUCUGACUAUAGAACCGAACACUUCACACAUUCUGACUAUAGAACCGAACACUUCACACAUUCUGACUAUAGAACCGAACACUUCACACAUUCUGACUAUAGAACCGAACACUUCACACAUUCUGACUAUAGAACCGAACACUUCACACAUUCUGACUAUAGAACCGAACACUUCACACAUUCUGACUAUAGAACCGAACACUUCACACAUUCUGACUAUAGAACCGAACACUUCACACAUUCUGACUAUAGAACCGAACACUUCACACAUUCUGACUAUAGAACCGAACACUUCACACAUUCUGACUAUAGAACCGAACACUUCACACAUUCUGACUAUAUAACCGAACACUUCACACAUUCUGACUAUAUAACCGAACACUUCACACAUUCUGACGACUAUAUAACCGAACACUUCACACAUUCUGACUAUAUAACCGAACACUUGAUUUUUUUUUUGAGAGAUUAAUUCACGUGGUGGCUUCUAGUUAAUUAUUCCAGUUAUUUCCAGUAGUUCUUGGAACACCCAUUUAGACCUAGCGGUACACUAGGGCUCCACAUAACAGUUUGGGAAACACUGGCCUAGAAACAUCUAAACAAGAAGGAAACCUUGCUGGUCCAGAACGAUUGUAUUUGUCUAAACAAUUGUUCACCCCUACAGCAGAAAUCGUUAUUGUUAUGCAUUUCACAGUGUCGGGUUUGAAUGCUAGAGAGUAGAUGUAGGGCAGCAAAUAGAACAUUCCACGCUAGGCUCCUAUGAAUGGUAGUUCAGGAGGUGGGGAAACACGGGGAGUGUCUGUGAGAGAAAUAUGCAGAAGAUUGAAACACAAUGGUGAUAUACAUGGAUAUAUGUAACCCUGUCCGGUAGAGUUACAUCUAAGUAUGUUUACUGUAUGAUCUAUACAGUCGUUUACCCCUGCAGCAGUAAAUCUUUGUUAACACAAUCAUGACUUAAGUAUUUGAAUUCAGCCUGUAUUGUAUUUAAAAAAACAACACGGUACAGGAAGUAGAUCAAGCUCGUUUCUCUUUUCUCUGUAAAAAGGGGGACGACGAUUUUAGCUCUAUUUUUUUUUUGGUUCCUAUGACUCAUUUUGUGGUUGACCACCGUGUCCAAGCUGUGGCAGCGCCCUAGUCAAUUGCUUCCCUCUCGCCUUCAUCCUUACCCCCGACCUGAGCUCAAUGUUUCUCGCACGGACGUGCUCCGUGUGGCGCGUAGGGCGAACGGUUUUCUAUCUUAGAGAAAGGGGGGCUAGCCACCUACAGGAUGAAGCGAGCAAAUACACAAACCUUCUCUGCCGUCCCCACCCCAUAUCCACAGACACGUUUAUACGUCCCGCCAUAGGAUAUGUUUGUUAAAACACCGGCUCACGACGCCGUCUGCCGGCCAUUUUACCUCGCACGUGAGUUGAUAGGUUUUUAUGUUCGAUCGCCAUUUUUUUUUUUAGUGUGAGGCGUCUCGCGCCCCUAUUCGAUCCCCUCUCCAUUUCAAACUUUGAUUGUGGGAGUCGCGCCCUUGUUUACGGCUGCGGGGGCUGGGGGCUGGACCACUUUGGUGACUGGGUUAUAAGCGACGUAUGUAGGAUGGACACUCCAGUGCGAACACAAUUAGUUUGACGGACCACUUCAGAACAUCUGCUUCCAUCGCAGUGCACUUUGUCAUUCUUUAGUUUCAAAAGAGCUCUAUCUUCUCUCGUUACGUGUGGAUUGUGACGAAGUUCCCAUUGUGACCCGUACGCUAACAAUUGUUGCCAUUUCACCAGUUGGACAGGCACAUUUGUUUUGGUGUCAUCUCUUAGAGUCGGACUCAUCUAUAACCUGGAACAAGUACUCUUAAAGCCGGAACAUCGCCGAGCGUUACAACAGGGUGGUCGUGAAUAUUCAUUGAUCGACGGACCCAGAGAUAUCAUAUUUCUAUAUUAUAUAUAUAUUUAUAUAUUGUUCUGUCUGGAUUACUGUACAUCUAUUGAGCGGUCAAUAACAACUAGAUCUACCUCUCAAUAACAGUCCACAUAUUAGAAAUGUUCCAUCUAUCACUUUUGGACCAAAAGCUCUCAGCCCAACUCCAACAUCCAAGGAAACACUUGGUUAGGAAGUAAAUAGUUCAAAGUUGUAGAAAGUCUAUUUGGGAGUACACAAAACUCGAAUGCCGGACUAAAGAAAGGAGCGAAACCAAUUUCUUGAGAGAACAAGUCUAGACUUGUCUGUAUGGCACAUUUCACAUUUCAAAGGACGAAAGAGUGACGUUGUCCUACGGCAAAAUUUGUCUUUGCUUGAAACGUCUGGAAAUACAUGUUAGAUUACUUGUAUGUAUUGGCAUCACUAGCACACAACAUUGUAUCUAUUCGAUUGGUGGCAAGAUAUUUAUGAAGAGCAUCUUCAUUGGACUCGAGAAUAAAACAGCGCAAACGGAACACAUACGGCAACUGUUGAAUGCUUCAAGCUAUCAGCUGUUAAGGUGGACCAAGGUGGGCGGCCAGUGGCUAUCGUAACCUUCCAGGCCCACCAAGCACGGCUGUAGUCUUUCCGCCAUCUUCUGUCAAGUCUGAAGAUGCUCUAUGCUGGUUCUGUCGAAUGCCCCCCUCGCCUUCCAGAGCACCCCCCGCCCUAUCUGACAUGACACAGUACUGGGAUAGGAGGGCAAAGCUCAUCGGAGAACAGACUAUAAGCAACAGACAUCUGAGACGCGGCGGUGCGGGUUUGAAUCUCGUGCCAGCAACGAGAACGCUGAAGCCGGAAGUGUCCGAUAGAGAAGGAUUGGCCCGUACUCCUGUAACCAAGUCAGCGACCAAUGGACGGGCGAACGUACAGGUGACGCUGCUCACGUUUUGCUUGCUUGGUCUCAUGUUUGUAUUGACGUUUACUGUCCAGCCUGUGAUGGCCACCAACAGCGAUGAACUCGCCCCGAACAAUAAAUCGUGGAUCGAAGAGCAAUACGACCACGUCAUAUUUCGAUCACAGAAAUGCCAGAGAAAGCCAACAGACGAUCUGGCGAGGGAGCUACGAAUGGCUGAAUCAGGCCUGAGUGAUGACCAGUUGAUCUCUGAGAAAAGAGAUUACCAGCAAGACGACCCUGGGAACUUAACCCCAGAGGGCGUUGACUUAGACUCGAUUGACAACCGCCGACUGGCGGAAACUUUAGAGAGAGACAUGUAUAUAUAUGACACCAGGGAUGAUAAAGUCUUGGAGGAGGAAGACGUUUUAAUGGACAGAAGGACAUGGUUGCCCAGAAGGAAGGUUCUUAAACGCGGGUUAGCACGUGCGAGAUCUAUGAACAGGAGACUUAAACAGGAAGUAGAAAAUGACCGCUCUGCAGAAGGCGUUCCUUCGUCUCCAGAAUAUCCCUACAUGAGAAGACGCCGGCGGACUGCGGAUAUUCCAGAAUCCCCGUCUCUUGGUCUGCCGACACCUUCCCGCGAAGACAGCGAGUUUGAAGAGAUCAAUAAAGAAAACAGUAUAGAUAGAAUGGCUAACGACGGCCACCCCAAGGAAAAAAAAGAGGGUGACUGGUUGCUGAAGCUUCAUGAAAAAAGCCACAACAAAAUCCUGCGAAGGCAAAUUAAGAAAAAGAUUCGGAAAAACCCGAAACUGCUCGAGAAGACGCCUUGGUCUUGCACUUUAAAAACUAGUACCAUGAAAAGCCCGCUAACGUUUCCACGUUCGUAUACCGAGGGCGAGUGCACUCAACAAAAGAAAUGCUUCUAUAAUCUGUACGUGUGCCAACCGCAAAAAAUCUCCAUGAAGUAUUUGUAUAGAGACAAGACCCGUUGCAACCCAUUGCCCAAGAUUUCCAACGUGACGGUCUUCGAAGAACGAUGGGAGAUCGGAACACGCUACGUGACUGUGGGUUGUAACUGCGUCAGUGCCAUCUCCAAACAGACCAAAGUGGAAGGGUAGACCCUCGAAACGAUUCAAUUGUAAAAACCUUAUUGUUGUCCCAUUCAGAGAAUGUCAUCCAGUGGUAUCAAUAGCCCCAUAUGAAAAGAAAAUUCCAAGCGUUUGUUCGUGAGGAAAAAAAACGAUAGACAACUUUAGACAACUUUACUUUCUAGACAAAAAUCAAAUUAUUUUCUUUUCUUAUUCCACCUACUUAUAUACUAAUUGUAAGAUUCUGUUGAGUCUUCCAAGCAUCGGGCAAAUCUAAAACUUCUGAGGGCAUUCCUGGUGAAGAAAAUCAACAAUUGCUAUUGAGGAAACUUGAAAACAAUCGGGUAGUCCCGGAAAAUCGGGUACUCCUACAAAAUCGGGUAUUCCUAAAAUAAGAUCGGGUAUUUAAAAAAAAACAAACAAUACAUUUGGUGUUACCACAAACCCACCAACAGUAGCUUCAUUAAAAUGAUGUAAGUAAAAAAUAUACUGUAAAUUUCAUUGUGCUCUGUACGUAAUGUAAUCUUUUUGUUCAAUAUUAUCCAUGUGAAUAUGUUGAACUUGGUUUCAAAGUUGGCACAAAGAUGGCCGAUGACUUGAUCUGGACUCUCAUCUUUAGUGCUGUGACUUGUUUCUUCAAAGAUCUGUUUAUAGUGUUUCCCUGGUAUGGAUACAUUCAAAUAGAACAAAACUUCGCGCAUUUCCAUUGUCAUUGAUUUCAUGUCUUGAUGUAUACAAUCGUCCCACUUUGGAUUUAUUCUAUUCUGUUUAUUUAAUAUGGACGUUGUACAUUAUGUCUGCAAGGAGACUUUGGUUACCAUGGGAUUGAGUGAGUCAUACAGUGUGAGUAUUUAUUUAUUUGAUUAUAAAAAAUGUAUUUUUGUUGGCUGGCCAGUUGUUGUUUUUUUGUGUCUUUUUAUCAUAUUAGCCACAUGUAUUACAAUAUUGAAUAAUGUGUUGCAUCUUAGGAUUAACUUGUAUCCACCGACUUCAGUGCCGACAUCGAUGUUUAGAAACAAAAAUAAGAUAUUGCAAAGUAAGGGCUUCACCUGGAUGAAGACGAGGUUUUCACUGUUACUAUUGAAGCCAAAAUGCUUGCCUUGAACUAAAUACAUACUGAUAAUAUUAGUUGCUACUAUUAUACUUUUUUUUUGUCAAAGAUUGGCAAUAAUUGUAACCUAAAGAUAUUGACAGCUUUAUCUUAUCUUAUCUUAUAUAAUACAGACGUUACUUAAAAAAAGAAGAUGAUUACGUCCUACGCGUCAUGCAUUUAGUCAUGCAUAUUAACCAGCUUUGAAGGAUCAACGAAAUAAUCAUGGAACUUUUUAUUUGUUAAAAAAACAAAAUAAUGCAUUCUAUCUGACAUAUACUAAGAGAGAUAAAAUAGAGCCUUGAUAUUUAAAACCAAUAAUUAGAGUAACACCAUUAGUAUAAACACUAAACAUCUUGACAUUGGACGAAAAAAGAAAGAAAACACUAACCCAUAACUUACAGAUACAAAAACACAACCUAAUAAACUAAAAACACAAACAAAGAUAAGGGCACGCUUCUUAUUCUCUUAUCUAAGACCUAUUCGCACAAGUGCUCCUUGUCCCUAGUGGCAUCAGAACAUGGAACGGGUUGCCUGAAACAGCCAGGAAAAUCAACGACUGUUAGAUUUAAAUGCUACGCAAAAUGACUGGAUGAAAAACAAAAAGUAUAAAAAUUGUUUUGAGACCUUUAAAACAACAUGGAGCUGGCUGCUGAUGACAAAGAAUCACUUUAAAACAACAUGGAGCUGGCUGCUGAUGACAAAGAAACACUUUAAAAUCUCAAAACCUCGAGGCUUGAAAGGGAACAUAACAAUAUAUUGAAAUUAGGACAGAAACAAGAAGAGACUCUUUGAGAACUAGCGCGUGUACAGUAAGAACUGCUACGAGGUAUGUCUCUCACUAGCCACAAAAUGUUGACUAUAAAUAGUGAGCUCAGUGUAAGCCAACUCUAUCCAAAAUAGAAUAGUUUCUUAUCAAAUGAUUGCAUAGGAGAGAGCAAAGAGAACUUGUUGGAAGAGAAGUAGAAGAGAUAAGAGUAAAGAGAGAAAUAAUAAAAGAGACAGAUUGUGUGUGAGACAGAUUGUGUCUCAGACAGAUUGUGUGAGACAGAGAAAUUGUGUGUGAGACAGAGAGAUUAUGUGUGACAGAUUGUGUGUGAAACAGGAACAUUGUGUGUGAUACAGGAAGACUGAGUGUGAGGCAGCAAGUGUAUAAGAUAGGAAGAUUGUGUGUGAGACAAACAGAUUGUGUGUGAGAAAGAUUGUGUCUGAGACAAAAUAUUAUUUGUAAGUUUUUGUGUUCCAAAUAUUCUUCAUCAAUCUGAAUAAAUGGCAAUUUUUCUGAGUCUCAAUUUUAACAUAAAGCUUUGUCAAUGGUACUAUUGUAUUUCUAUUUCACCAGUUAUAUUGUAAAAAUCAAUCAAGCAAAUGAUAAUAUUGCUUUUCUGAAUAUAAAUCACACUUCAAAGUUGAAUCGGUUUAAUGUAAAUGACACCAUAUAAGAAUCAGAAGUCAGGAACCUAUAUUUAUAUUGUAUAUCUCAUAGUCAGCAAUCUGUCCAACACCACAUUUCAACUUUACUAUUUUGGACCUCAUUCAUAUCUCCUAGUUAUACUUUUGAAAUGCGACAGUUUUAAUAUCCAAAACCUCUAAGCAACCGAAUCAUAAUAGAGAUCGUAACUGUAAGAAUAAUUAGGCUCAUGGUAGCAAUGACUUUCAUAACUUUGACAAUACAAUCGCCAAACGAUUAGCCCAGCCGUCAAACUGAUGCACCGACAUGUGGUAACUGAUCCAAAAUGUUUUCUUUGUACUAUUUGACAUAAUUUGUAUGACUGUACCAAACAACUAGCAUUCCAGAGUCUUGUUUAUGGUCUCUCUAAACAAAAAGAACACUUCAAUGAAUAUUUAGUUGCCAUUAUUAAUUGUUUAGGUUUUUCAAAAAGAAAUAAUGCUGGGAUUUAUACCAUAGACAAAUUGCAGAUUCAGAUUCGAUUUUAUAACUAAAAAUUUUAUAAACUACAGUUUACUUAAAGAGUAUUUUGUUACCAAAAUCAAUAUUGUUGUCAUCUUUCGAUACAAUGUCUGACACUAAAAUCCUGGCCUAUAUAAUACAACGUUUCGUGUGUUGAAAGGAUUUUGUUUCCAUUUCAAUGAAUCAAAAAACAAAAUAUUCAUUCCAUUAACAAGUUGAUACCAAAUUUUAUUUUUAAAAAAUAUGUUUGCAUCCUUGUGGGAUGUGGAGAUAUUAUGUCUGGCACUUGUAUAUGUGUUAGACUUUCAUGUUACUGUCCAGCAUUGUAGAUUGGUGCAGUGGAAGCACUUCCUUUAUUUGUUUUCUUAAAUUAUUGACCAUUUGACAACUUUAAAAUGUCCAAAAAAGUUUUUUAUCCGAUCUCUUCAUCACAUAGCCUUGAAACUAUUACUAUUUAAUAUAGAAGAGGGGAUAAUUUAUGCAAGAUGAGAUUUAACCAUUUUUUUUAAGGAUUUCUUUUACAGUAGUUUCUUACAGGCUUCAGAUUGAUAAGUUUUCCCUCCUGCAACGCUCUUUAGAUGCUAGGUUAUUUGUCAGAGACGUUCAUCCGAAAAAUAAUCCCGGAAAACGCCGGGUAGCUCAUUCUAGAUAGUGAGGAUGAGUUCAACUUAAUAUUUAAUCCAUACGGUACUCAAAUGUGUUGCAUACUUUAUAUAUAUAUAUAUAAUCUAUAUAUGUAUGUAUAAAUAUCAUAUUUAUAUAUAUGACUGUAGGUAAAUUAGGCUUUGUUUUAAAAGAAAGCUGCUAUAGACCAAGUAAAUAUAUCAACAUUGAGAGUGCGUUAAACAUUGAUUUAAUGUUCUUUUUGUAUGUUAUGUUAUUUAUUACUGAUUAAACAUCACAUGAACUUAUUUUGUAUUCAUUAUAUAUAUAUAAUAUGUAUAAAUAUAUUUUAUCUUAAAUUAAAAAGAUGUUAAAAAUGAUAAGUUUUGUGUUACACUGAAAGAGAGAUCUGAAACAUCCAGCUGAGUCAUAAAAAUGCGACGUCUUUUAAAUCAUACAAAUGUGACGUCUUUUAAGUCGUGCAAAUAUGUCGUCUAGUAAAUCACACAAAGUGACAUCUUGUAAAUCAUACGAAUUUGACAUAUUUUGUUAGUCAUACAAAAUUUGCUUCCUGUAAAUGAUACAAAAAUAACAGAUUGUAAGUCAAACAAAUUAGACGUAUUAUGCGUCAUACAAAUUCGACGUCCUAUAGAUCAUACAGUUGCGACGUCUUAUAAGUCAUACGAAUGUGACGUCUUAUAUGUUUCUAUGUCCUAAAAUGUUAUGUCGUAUAAGUCCUACACAUAUGACUGGUAUUUAGAAAGAAAUAGUAAAACUUCUCGUUGAGUUGUACACAUUUUUGAAACAUCGAGUCUUGAAAUUAAAAAAUAAAAUUCUGCAAAGAACUCUUUCAGAACUUCCCCACAGCCAGCCACUGACGCAGCUGCAGCCAGUAGACACAGCCACUGACGCAGCUGUAGCCAGUAGACACAGCCAGAGAUUAUUCUUCAGUUGUAACUUUAGAAACAUGCUCUAUUACCGGUAUUCUGUUUGUUAUAGUUUAAUAACAUUAUUUUGUUGUAUAUAUAUUUUUUCAUAGGCUAUAAAUAUUUUUUGGUCUUGAAAAAAAAAUUAGAAAAAAAUAAAAACACACAUUUCUUC